UCACAGGGAACGUCAAAUUCAGUGCCGCCUCCGGCUGAAGCCAAGAGCAGCAGCGGGGCUAAUAUGGCGGCGUCCAAGGUGAAGCAGGACAUGCCUCCUACGGGGGGCUAUGGACCUGUGGAUUAUAAAAGAAGUAUGCCCCGGAGAGGACUGAGCGGGUAUUCAAUGUUUGGUUUGGGUGUUGGAGUCUUGCUGUUUGGAUACUGGAGGAUUUUCAAAUGGAACAGGGAAAGAAGGCGGCUACUAAUAGAAGAUCUAGAGACCCGUGUAGCUCUCCUUCCCCUUCUCCAGGCAGAGCAGGAUAGACGAGUAUUACGACUACUACGUGAAAAUUUAGAGGAAGAAGCAAUCAUUAUGAAAGAUGUUCCAGGCUGGAAGGUUGGAGAGUCCACAUUCCACACAGACCGGUGGGUUAAGCCAACACUGAAUGAACUUUACAAUCUCCGGGCUCAGGAAGAGCUUAUCAAAAAGAAGUUUAGUUUCCAGUGGUAUGUCUAAACCACUGAUCAUUCUCUAUUAGUGUACUGUAUUCAACUUUCAAAAUAAAUUUCUUCCAUAUUUUU